AUGAGGGAUAUAACAUUUCAGUCGGGUGAACAGGUUCUUCUGAAGAUGUCAUCCAUAAAGGGUGUGAUGAGAUUCAAUAAGAAGGGCAAGCUUAGUCCUCGCUACAAUAGCCCAUUUGAGAUUUUUGAUUGUGUAGGACCAAAGGCGUAUAGGUUGGCUCUACCGCCUAACCUAUAUGGAGUCCAUUUAAUAUUCCAUGUAUCCAUGUUGAAGAAGUACCAUGAGGAUGGAGAUUAUAUCAUCAAGUGGAACUCAGUCUUAUUGGACAAGGAUCUUCAGUAUGAAGAAGAACCGAUUGCUAUUCUUAAUCGUGGUGUCCGAAAGCUGAGGACCAAAGAUAUUAAGUCGGUGAAAAGGUUUAAUGGAAGCAUCAUCUAA